UCUGGUUUUACAGGAAGACUUUGCAGUAUUGUUGAUAUUGAACUUCAACCAAAGGAAAUUGAAAGGACAGUCAUUGUUUCGAUGGAUCUGAAUGAGACGUUUUUAGAAGAAUAUGCAAAUAAAUCAUCUACGGAAUAUAAAAAGUAUGCUGAUGAAUUCCAAAAUAGGGCGAGGAUAUAUUAUGAAAACAUCGUUUAUUAUAAGCGUGUGGAUAACAUAACUCUAAGUAAGGGUGCACUACUGGGAACUGACAAGAGAAGAAAGAGAAGUUUGCUUUUGGAUGAAACUUCACCUCCACAAAGAUAUUAUUUCAUUAAAUACAACAAGGACUGAACUCAAUGACCAAGAGGUGUGUGACCGCACUAUAGCAAUGCUUUCUGAAAACUACACGGCCUAUUUUGCUCCAGUUAUAUUGUCAGGCAAAGUGACAUGUGUGAAUCAAUGCCAUCAAUCUCAUCCUCAUCCAAAAAAGUGUAUGAAUGAAGGCACCUGUCAAGUCUCUAGCCAAGGUCCUUUUUGCUAUUGCCUCCAUACUGAUGUUAACUGGUACUUUGGAGAGGACUGCAAUCAACAAGUGCACAAAGUUGGAUUAUAUGCAGGAUUGGCAGCAGUGGCCCUCAUAGCAGUAGUAACCGUAGCAGUCCUGGCAAUUUACCUGUCAAUAAACAAACGGAAGGUGAAGAAGAAUAAGGACAUUAAGCUAGAGCUAGUGAAUGAGUGGUUAGAGGAUGACUUUGAGUGGCCACCACAAAAGAGUACAUCAUAUUCAGGGGCAAAUUGACAGGUCUCAGAUCCGGUCAAGAAUAAGUGUGUGGAAACACAAGAAGCAUUUGCACAGCUCUGUUUGACAUACUGAAUGUAUUUGUUGACAUUAAUCAAAUAUAUUAAUCAAAACUCACUCACUCACUCACUCACUCACUCACUCACUCACUCACUCACUCACUCACUCACUCACUCACUCACUCACUCACUCACUCACUCAGCACUAUGAUUAUGUUCAUUAUUUUGUACUCACCUUUGUUUGUAGUCUAAAUAUAAAACUAGAGUGACAGAACAAGGAUGAUAAACAAGACAUUUCUAGAAUUUCAUCCUUAUUUAAAAAAUAAUCAAUGUAUUUGAAUAUAGAAAGAAAGUGUGAGAGAAGGACCUAUUUAUAAUCUUACCAAUGGUACAAUCAUGGCUAUUUUCUCAGAUGUGUUAUAAACUUCAAUACAUGUUUGAUUACAUA